AUGGAGCUUCAACGAUUAAACUACGCAGAGCUGGCGAGCAGCGACCGCGAGAUCCAGCAGGCUGCCGACCGACAGCUCUACACAGCACUGUCGCAGUUGGGCUUCGCAAAGAUCACCAACCACCCCAUCGCCCGGCCGGUAAUUGAAGAGCUCUUCUCGUGGACCCAGCGCUUCUUCGCCCUGCCCCUGGAGCACAAGCGAAAGGCCGCCCACCCGGCGCAGCCAAAUCCACAUCGCGGAUGGAGCUGCAUUGGCCAGGAGAAGCUGUCGGUGAUUCGCCAGAACAAGGCUGUGCUGGAUCUGAAGGAAUCCUUCGACAUGGGCCCCGACGACGACGAGCUGUAUCCCAACAUCUGGACCGACGAGCACGCGCUCCCCGGCUUCCGCGAGUUCAUGUCAGACUUCUACCAGCGCUGCGACGCCCUGCACCAGCAGCUGCUCGUCGCCAUCGCGCGAUCCAUGCACCUCCCCGAGUCCAGCUUCACGCCCCUCUGCGCACGCAACAGCAGCGAGCUGCGCCUGAACCACUACCCAGCCGUUAAACCUGACGAGCUCAGCGAUUUUGGCACAAUCACCCUGCUCUUCCAGGACUCUGUUGGCGGGCUGGAGGUCGAGGACCAGGCGGAGCCGGGGCGCUAUCUCGCUGUGGAGCCGGCGGACUGCGCCGACAUCAUUGUCAAUGUGGGCGACUGUCUGCAGCGCUGGACGAAUGACCGGCUGCGCUCGGCGAACCACCGGGUGACGCUGCCGCGGGGAAGCCUCGAUGUGGAGAGUGAUGGUGAUAGUGGCUUGGUGGACAGUCGUUAUUCGAUUGCUUAUUUUGGCAAGCCGAGUCGCGACGAGACGGUGCGGACCUUGACGGCGCUGCUGCGGCCGGGCGAGGAAGCCAAGUACAAGGACGAGAUAACGGCGUGGCAGUUUAACCAAUUGCGUCUGCUGCAGACUUAUUAG